AUGGCGACCCGUAUUUCUUUUCACUCACAGCUGUCGUCCAUCAUGGAGACGAUGGCUAAGUCUGCCCUGGCUCAGGUCUGCAAGCUGGUGGAUGAGGACUCGUCUGAGCUGCGGUCGGAGCUCUCCCGGCUUCUGUUUGCAAACUCAGCCCUCGAAGAAAAAGUCAACAGUCUGGAUUGCAAGAUGACCAUCACAAGAUGCGACGCCCCCGAAUUGUGUAAAAGUUAUCGCUCCGUAGGGGUGCAGACUGUCUGCCGCAGAGAUGAGGAAGCUGAUGGUGUGGCUGGUCCUCCCACCAUUGACGGGAUAUUUGGAAAAGACUGGUGCAUGAAUCUGUGGAAAGACAGAGAUCCGUACGGUCUGCAGAGCUGCUCAGACUUUGCACUGUCACCAGACAUGAUGAGUUCUGUGGAGACUCUUUCUGAGCAGGUUGCUGUGGCUCAUGUCAAAGAGGAAUAUAUACAGGAUGCUGUCCCUUGCAGCCAGCAGGAAACACUCAGCACACAAGGAGAACACGGGGAAGGCAGGGCAGAGGAGCCGGAGCAGCUGUCAGCAGAUUACUCGAUUGAUGGCAGCACUUGCAGCGUGUCAUUUGAUCAGAGUGAGGAGCAGGCUGUGUCUGCAGAAGGCAUGGAAGAACCAACUGUGCAGCUAAUGUCCGUCAAUGAUACAGAAGAAGCCUUCAUCACUCAUAUAAUUCCAAUUGAAGACGAUGAUGACGAUGAUAUUCAGUUUGUUCUAGAAAGCCAGCAGGACCUAGCUGUGAAGGCCGCAGUCGGGCCCAGUCUCGCCAAGCAACUGACUUUACCCCAAGGCACCGCCUUAAACUCCGAUACUCUGGAUAAAAAUUCACAAGAUGACCUCAGUGAACCUUAUUUGAGGUUUUCCAGAGUUCUCAACACAGAUGAGGUUACUUGUCAAAUAUGUAACAGGACAUUCUUUCACAAGGGCACUCUGACACGCCACAUGAAAUCGCACAAGUCAAACUUCUGCAGCAUUUGUAAGCAGCAUUUCCAUUACAAGAACAAGUUCAAGUCUCACACGUGCGUGCCCCCAGUUCCCACUAAGAGAAUCAGCCAGUCAUGCAAGUUGUGCGGGAAGACUUUUGCCAACCGUUCGGCUCUAAGGAUUCACUAUGUUGUCCACACUGGGGAGAAGCCUUACAGGACUUUUGUGGCUUGA